AUGUUAUCAUUUGCAGUCGGAGACACCUGCCGACAACCACCUAUAAUGAAUCAUUUACGAUCGGAAGUAGUGCAUGAACUUCCGCAAAUCAUUCUCGAGGAACAACAACAACGACGACAGCAACAAUCAUCCGUUUUAAAUAGCAAUGGUAAUCAACAUGAUGUCGAAUCAUUUCAAACAGACAGCCUGCAAGAUGAUCAGCAAGCGCAAAUACGUCGUCGCGCUCCGACGAGGCACUCAAUCAAGUCUUUAACAGGCCGAAAAGCCCUUUCGAAGCAAAAUUCGGCAAACGAGCGUCGCAUCUGCCUCGACCCGACAACCCGUCGACAAUACUCCUACUCGCAAAGUUCAGUCUUAUCCGAUGGAAGUAAGUUACUUUUCUCGAGCAUUGAAAUACCUCUCAAUAAGUUUCAUUCGCAUGCCUCUUUAUCGUAUUUUCCCAUGGAGAAAUCUGUUCUAAACAAGCUACCGCCGGGCAUUUAUUCAACUUCAUUAAUCCAUACCAGUCCGGAUGAUAAUGACGAUGCUAAGACUAUUUAUUAUCCAUUGAAACAACAAUUAAUUCUCGAUUCUUCAACACUUUACAAUGAUCGAGCUCGGACUAAUGUGAAUAUAAUCGAGAGACGUUUCUCUAAUAAAGAUCAAGAACAAGUCAAUGACUAUUAUCAGGAGCAAAUGAACGAGCAACAACAACACCAGCAUCAAGUUGCUCACAGCGAUGAAACAAAUUUGUCAUCUGAUGAACAACAACAAGAAGAACAACUACAUCGCGAUCGACGACGAUCGUCAUUACAAAUUCUUGAUAUGAAACUCAUUCAUUCAUUAUCAAAUCAAUACAACAAUGACUCUAAUGGUCCAAUAAACGGUCCGGAAGGCGUGUAAAGUUUGUUUUCUAACGCUCUCUCUAUCAAUCGAUCCAUGUCGAACAUGGAGGAUACUGAUGAGGAGGGUAAAGCGCGAUCCCGCACUGAUCGUCGAGCAUCCGUUCAAUUCAUUGAUAUUAAUCUUAUUCGACGACGAUCAUCCGGUAAUGAUAAACCAGCUCAAUCGCAAUCACAACGUCUAGGAUCAAUCAAUUCAAAAUGUGAAACUGACUUCGAUGAUUUAGACCACCUUCAACAAUAUACUACUGCAAGUGAUAGCGACAGCGAAACCGAUGAAGGAACUGGUGUUAAUAUCCGUGAAAUACAACAUAAGAAUGCAGCCGGCUUCACAGACUUCGCUGUUCGACGUAUAAAACAUGCGCAAUAUGGCCGACGAGAAAUUGAGAUUGCUGAGCAAGAAAUGCCCGGCCUUAUGGCAUUACGUCGUCGUGCUGAGAACGAUAAGCCAUUACAAGGAGCAAAGAUUGUUGGGUGCACACAUAUAACGGCACAGACCGCUGUUUUAAUCGACACAUUAACACGAUUAGGCGCGCAGGUGCGUUGGUGUGCAUGCAACAUAUUUUCUACUCAGAACGAAGUUGCCGCAGCGCUCGCGGAAGAAUCCAUACCGAUCUUUGCAUGGAAAGGUGAAACGGACGAUGACUUUUGGUGGUGUAUUAAAAAGGCUAUUGGCGCUGAGCAAGGUUGGCAGCCGAAUAUGAUCCUUGACGAUGGAGGAGAUUUAACACACUAUUGUCAUAAACAUUAUUCAACGUUGUUUUCAACGAUCAAAGGGAUCGUUGAAGAAUCCGUUACAGGUGUUCAUCGUCUGUAUCAAAUGUGCCGCGCACAAACACUACCCGUGCCAGCAUUGAAUGUCAAUGAUAGCGUAACAAAAACGAAAUUCGAUAAUCUAUAUCUUUGCCGAGAAUCGAUUAUUGAUGGAAUCAAGCGUUGUACGGACAUCAUGUUCGGAGGAAAGCAAGCCGUGGUCUGUGGAUAUGGCGAAGUUGGCAAAGGAUGUUGUUCAGCGUUACGUGGCAUGGGCUGUUUUGUUUAUGUAACUGAAAUCGAUCCCAUAUGUGCACUACAAGCAUGUAUGGAAGGUUACAAAGUUGUUCGACUGGAAGAAGUUGUUAAACAAGUUGAUAUUAUCAUAACGGCUUCGGGAAGUAAACAUACGAUUACGAGAGAAGCGCUAGAUAAGUUGAAAAAUGGCGCCAUAGUUUGUAAUAUGGGACAUUCAAAUACUGAAAUCGAUGUGAGCUUUUUACGCGAUCUAUCGACGAAUGAUCUACAAGUCGAACGUGUUCGAAGUAAUGUCGAUCAUGUUAUAUGGCCGAAUGGAAAACGAAUCGUCCUAAUUGCUGAAGGUCGAAUUAUGAAUCUUUGUUGUUCAAGUGUUCCAUCGUUUGUUGUAUCAAUUACUGCUGCUACACAAGCAUUGGCUUUGAUUGAACUUUAUAAUGCUCCACCUAAUCGUUAUAAAUGUGAUGUCUAUUUAUUACCGAAGAAGAUGGAUGAAUACGUUGCGAGUCUACAUCUACCAGCAUUUGAUGCUCAUUUAACAGAACUGAGUGAUGAGCAAUGCAAAUACUUAGGUGUAAACAAGGCUGGACCAUUCAAACCUAAUUAUUACAGAUAUUAA